GGACCGAAGAAAACGCCAGUCGCCACUCGACGCCCGCUUCGUACGGAAAGAGAAUCGUGCGCAAACGCGAGACGAUUUUUAUACCGCAAUUUAAACCAUCAAUUAUUAACUCAUUUCCAUCGACUGGAGAAAAAAAAAAAAGCUUGAAAUUCACGAUUAUCAAACGAAAAUGAGGGAUUUUUGAUUAUUGUUUUUCGUCAAUUUUUGGGCCUUUUUUUGGCGGCCGGCGUUGAAAGUGAAAAGUCCGGAGCGCUUUAGGGACAGGUGGAUUUGUUCAGUGACAGCUGAGGAAUUAUUUAUUCUUCCGAUGAAAUUAAUUGCAAUGUCAUCGGUGAAAUGUUCAGUUAUGUUGUGAAAUUGUUGUUGAACUUAUCAGUGUUGUGGUGAUGAUAGUGGGGGUGGUGGGGAUUUUGCAACGUGACAGAUCAUCGGAGUUGUGUGAUCAAGUUUUUAUACCCGCAAUUGUGACAGCUACAGCUGUGCCAUUUUGGAGAAUACAACAACGGAAUUUUUAAUUGAGCCUUCUCAAUGCGUCGACUAAUUCGUCGAAAUCCACUGAAGAGUUAAAGCAGCGGAAUUCUUCAGUACCUUGAUAACCAUGGCGUCGAUGGAGAAACGACGAAGAUUACUUUUUAUUGCACUGAGCCUUAGUCUACUUGCGAUGUCAUCAUCAGCACCAAUGAAAAAUGAUUCUCGGCCGCAGACGCGAAGAAAAUCUCUGGUGUCUUCAGCCAAAAAUUCCGACGAAAUUGGAAAUCCUGAGGAUCUUGCCUGGCAAGCGGAGUUCCUGGUGGAUCAAGGGGGUGUCAAUCUACUUCGGAAAAUUACACCAAAGAGCAUCUUCAUUGCUCCAUCAUUGCAGGCCCUUCCUGCUUGUGCUGAAGGAUAUCAACCUGAUUCGAUGAACCGCUGUGUCAAGAAUGUGAACAUCAAUCAUGAAGCUCAUAUUGACUUUCUUGUUCAAAGGUUAAAUGCCAUGUACGCAAAUUUUGGAGGAAGUAAAUCUGAGGCAGUUGCUAGCUCGGGGUCUGCUCCUACGGGCCCUCUGCAACUGGAUCUUCUAAACAUUCCGGUUAUCGUUGAGUCUGAAGAGCAGGAGGAGGGAGAUGAUGUGGCGCCGCCAUCGACUUCUUUAUUUUCUUCAGGAGGAGGAGAGGAUACCAGAAAGGAAGAAGAGAAGCCUCCAAUAGUUGUGGAUGAUAAGGAUGAGCCGGAUGAGGGAGAGUUUGAUCGAAAGACGUUUUUUCACGAGCCUCAAACUACCAAGGAUGGUAGGGAGAGUGAUGAGAGCAAUUCUGGAAAGUAUGAUGGUAUCGGGUCGUCACUAGUUGAUUUUUUAGAUGAUACAAAUUCAAGUUAUUCGGAAAUCAUUGAUUAUAAAGCUGAUCCUGAUGAUCAAGUUCAUAAUCACACGAUCUCGGAAGAAGAAUCAAAAUUAGAUGAUGUCAAGGGUGACGAUUCUAGAGACAAAACGCCUCGAAAUGACUCAUCGUUGGCUUCAACUGUCGUUCUUUUAUUAACUCCAACGAAACUACCGGUUUCAAACGGAGAUUUGAUAGUUGCUCAUAAUAGCAGCACUGGUAUGCUGAGUGUACGUAGGGAUAAGGAGAAUGGAACUGAAACUGAGGAGAUUAUCACUGUUAAUUUGCCAGAGCGCUUGGCAACUGCCUCGACCCCAAUUCUGAUUCUCUUCAAUGGGUCAGUAUCUGAUACUUUGGACUUUCAAUCAUCGACUACGGAGGAAGCACAGACGGAGGAGAUCGAGAUGGAACUUCCUGAGGAGGAUGAAGACUCAGAAGAUGUUGAAGAAUCAACGGAGGGUGACGACGAAAUUCUUACGCACAGUGAGGCUGGCAUGAUGGUGACGAUGCAGCCUCAUCUUCAGGCAUCAUCGACCCCGGCUGACGACCAUAAAGACACGACAGCGAGUAAAAUAUCAAGUACCAUAACCAUCAACAAUGACUUCGUUAGAGAAACAAUUCUACUCGGUGUGAACCUCCGUAAGGAUUCCAACACGACAAAUACAUCGGAACCGGAGGAUCAGACAUCAUCGACAUCUCUCACAGACGAGAAGAUUGUCACAGUUACCCCGGAAAUGUCCUCUUACCAGGAAACAACCCCCUUCCCUGAAAAUACGUCAUUGUAUACUGAACCACCUGAGAAUGAGGAAACGACCGAGAAUAAUACCGACGACGGUCAGGAAUCCACGACACCACGAGAAGUUACAAAACAUCCGGAACUUCCGGCAACAAUGAGAGUGACAACAACCGACCAGAGGGAAUCGUCCCCGAUGGUAGGAAUCGAGGAAUACUUUGAUGAAAACAUCACUGACAAGCCAUCAGAAAAUUCAGAGUCUACAAGUCUACGUCCAGAAGACUCUGACAGCGCCGAACUCAUGACUGCGUCUUCCACUAAUAACGCUGAAGCAAUCUUUCCUCAACAUUCGUCUUCAAACACUCGUUAUUCGUCAUCAAUCAAGCAGAAUCGAGAACCUCUUGGAUCGGAUUCUAAAUACGCGACAUCAAUAGCUUCAGAGAAUACGGAACACAUUUACACAGAAAUCAAAACUAUUGAUGAUCAACUGGAACUGCAGAAGGUGCCAGAGAGGGGUAACUUCUUCCCGGAUCAACGGAAAGGUGAUUCUGAUAGUCAACCUAAGGAUUUCAUCAGGUUUCCGACACCUGACAGGAUUCAAAAUCGUCCAAGUUAUAUCAGAUUUCCUUCACAGAAAGCCAACAGCAUUCACACACCAGACGACUUCAAAGACAGACGCCAUCAUCGACCUUUCAAUCAACAAACCUCCAUCGAAAACCCCCCCAGUCUUCAGAAGCACAUUUACUGGCCAAGUUGGCGAAAUGAUCAUCAAAGCAUAACUCGUACCAAGUCCGGCACUAAUGACAAACCAAAGGAUCGAUCUCCCAUCUGGUUCUGGACGAGAAUGCCACUCGUGAGGGAUCCCAGUCUCCUCCAUUAUCCGACGAACCAAGACACUCUCGACAGGUCUGACAGCCGAUCUCGUGGGCCAAGACGAAUCAACUACUACAAGGAGAUUUCUUCUCAUGAUGCCCCCAGAGCCUUUGCCAGAAGCGCUAUCGGAGACUAAUCUCUCAACUCAUUGUGAGUUCCUGACAAGAUUCUUGAUUUCUCUUCUGAGAAAUCCCACCUGAAGAUUCUUUCUCAAGUGGUUGGAAAAAUCAUUUUAGGGACUAGAGUCAAUCUGGUUGAUCAUGAAAAAUGUUUUACAUGAUACAAAACCAUGCUCUGGUGCAGCACAAAAAUACGUUCAUCUGACGCACAUUUAAAGACUGAUUUAUCAGAAAAUUUUGAUUAAGAAUAUUGUUGAAAAAUGUAUGUUUAGAACGAGAAAUCCUGGAAGUGUUGGGACAUUUUAGGAGUCCAGCGCGUCGAGUCAUUUCGCAUGGGAUCAUCAAGUCUUUGAGAGAUUUUUGGUGUCGGUAGAUGGUUUAUGGAUUUAUUUAUUCAUGAUGAACGUCAAAGUUUUACGUCGCCUCGGGGGGCUUUGGCAGACUAGAGUCGAGGACACAUGUGUUUUUUUUCUUCUAGAAAAAAAAAUAAUAAUUAUGUGGUACAAAUGAAAGGCUAUAGUGGAAAAAAUUCAUGUGUUUAGAUGCGCAUUUUGUUUUUGAAUUUAAAUGCACGUCGUAAAUGUGCAAAUGUUGGUGUCAGCUUGUAGAAAUCGAUCUCAUCUCUUUCUGGGCUCGAGGAAGAUGCUUCUUUUAAAAUGAAAAUAAGAACAUCAGUGUGGAUUGAAUGUGUCGGUGUUUAGAAAACGAGAUAUUACUGAUAAAUUAUUUGUUUGCAUACUUUGACAUUGCGGCCAGUAACAGUUACCGUCUUAAAUCUCAUUAACGCACGCGAGAUGCACUCAUUCCCCGAAUAAUUGGCCCUUCCCGAGAGAAAAUAUACAAAGUAAAAGAAAAAUGAUAAUCAGCAGAAAAUUACGUAAGAGUAUCUCUGUAUGUCGAUAUACAUAUCCAAAAUUGUAUGUCAUUAAUGUUUGUGUACAUAAUUCAUUGUUUAAUUAUCUGUAGAGUUAAUUGUAUAUAUCGCGUAUUACCGGAACCGUAGAUUAUUGAAUCCCGUGUUUAAACGAUCGAAAUAGAAUAACGAAUUAUUAUUAAUGAAUUGUAACUGUGUCGAAUUAUUGUAUUAUUUAUAUGUAAACUUAAAAAUUGUGAAAAAUGAACGAAUUAUAUAUAUUAUUGAUGUAAUUGUGUGUAGAUUGCUACGCACUUUUUGUGGUAUAAUGUGAACAAAAAGAAAGAAUCAUUGAUCAAUCAAAUUUACCGAUGAAGUUUGAUCUGAAUCGGUGUUCCGUUCUGCUUUUGCUUUUCAUUCAUCCAAAUGUUAAAUCCCGAACGAGUUUAAAAAUUUUCUUCAAUGUUUACGUGUACAAAUAAAUUUUAACUGCACUAAUA